CAUUGACGGGCUCGCGAAGUAAUGUCUGGCCACAUAAUCUAGCGCUCCUCCUCCUCCUUCGUUCGCCUCCUCCGAAAACAUCAUGGAAGAAUACGCACGUGAACCAUGCCCAUGGCGCAUUGUAGAUGACUGCGGUGGUGCCUUCACCAUGGGUGCCAUUGGUGGUGCUGUGUUUCAGAGCAUAAAGGGCUUCAGAAAUGCACCCUCGGGCGUGAAUCGCAGACUUCUCGGCAGCUUGGGCGCAAUCAAGGAGAGAGCUCCCAUCAUAGGAGGAAACUUUGCAGUAUGGGGUGGCUUGUUCUCAACAAUAGACUGCACCAUGGUCAAGAUUCGCAAAAAAGAAGACCCGUGGAACUCAAUCACAAGUGGGGCUCUCACGGGAGCCAUCUUGGCUGUCAGAAAUGGUGCUGGAGCAAUGGUAGGAUCAGCCGUUAUAGGGGGUGUUCUAUUGGCUCUGAUAGAAGGUGUUGGAAUAUUGUUUACACGAUACUCUGCAGAGCAGUUCAAACCAGUGAAUCCACAAAUGGAGGACCCAUCGCAACUAGGAGCAACACCAUUUGGCACCAGUUCACAGUACCAGUGAAUGUGGACAUCCUGUGCACGAGCAGGAGUGUGUGUGUGUGGAGGACUAGCUGUGCAGUGGUACAUCCCAAGCACCUGUGGUGGACAGCCGCUCGCCCCACUGUUUACAGAGAAGAUUGUUAGUUAGCCAGCCAUGAGCAUGGUGUCAUGUGCAUAUUCAAAUCCAUUAAGAUAUCCACUUCCAAAGAGUGCCAGUUCCACAUUGCAGUGUGGAGGAGUGGCACUUCUAAUAAAAGAAAAGGAGUAGACA